AAGUUUAUAGCGAAGAAAGAUUUCAGACUGAUAUCAGAAAGCGAAGCGAGAAGCGCAUCAACGAACAGGAUUUUAAAUAGCGUCCUUUUACAAUGUUUAUUUCAUUUGCUGGGAGAUGAUUAUCAUUUAAAGAACGAUGCGAUAUAGCAUAAGCGUUACUAUAAUUUGUGUAUUCUGUUUAGUGAUUAUUUCGCAACCAUUUCCAGUUACGGAAGAAAUAAGAGCGGCGCUUUUCUUACAAAAAUUUGGAUAUUUGGAAAACAGAAUAGAUGGCAGAACCGGCUCUCUCACUGCAGGAGAUUCAAUUUCAAAUGCCUUAAAAGAUUUCCAGCGGUUUUCUGGUCUAAACCAAACUGGUGUUUUGGAUAGACAAACUAUCGCAAUGAUGAGCAAACCACGAUGUGGAGUUAAGGAUAGAAUUGGUCAUUCUGAUACAACAAGAAAGAAACGAUAUGCUUUACAAGGAAGCAAAUGGAGAAUGACACAUCUUACUUAUCGAAUUUCCAAAUACCCGUCUAGGGUAAGAAAUAGAGACCAGGUGGAUAAAGAAUUCGAAAAAGCUUUCAAGGUGUGGAGUGAUGUUGCACCGCUUUCCUUCAGAGAACGAAAGAGAGGUCGAGUUGAUAUUGAUAUUCGAUUUGAAAGAAGAGAGCAUGGAGAUAAGGAUGCUUUCGAUGGUCCGGGUAAUACAUUAGCUCAUGCAUUUUUUCCACAAUAUGGAGGAAAUGCUCAUUUCGAUGAUGAAGAAGAAUGGACUAUCGAUGAAAGUUCAGGUACCGAUAUAUUCCAAGUAGCAGCACACGAAUUUGGUCAUUCUCUGGGUCUUGCACAUACGGAUGAACUAAAUGCAAUUAUGACUCCUCAUUACAAAGGGUAUGAUCCUUCAUUUGAAAUUGAUAUCGAUGAUAUAAAGGCAAUUCAAGCUCUAUAUGGUUCAAGAGGAGGUCCUGCACUACCUGCACCUGAAGAGGAACAUUCUGACCCAUCACCUGAUACCAAUGAUGCUCCAGAUGUAUGUCAAGAUGGUACAAUAGAUGCUGCUACACGAACACAGAACGGAAAUAGUUACCUUUUUAAGGGUGAUUUUUAUUGGAGAAUUCUCGAUCACAAAAUAGCUGAUGGAUAUCCCCGAAAAAUUAAGGACGACUGGAAUGGUCUUGAUGGAAAUUUAGAUGCUUCUUUAACGUGGUCAAAUGGGAUGACCUACUUCUUUAAGGGAAGAUGGUAUUGGAAAUUUAAAAACAAAGAAAUGGAACCUGGUUAUCCCAGAAGAAUAUCACAAGGAUUUGAAGGAAUACCAGAUAAAAUAGAUGCUGCUUUUGUAUGGGGUAAUAAUGGUAAAACAUAUUUUUUCAAAGGAGAUAAAUAUUGGCGAUUUGAUAGUAACAGUGAUCCUCCGGUAAGUGGUAAAUAUCCUCAACCAAUAAGCAAAUGGACUGGCCUGCCGAAUAAUCUUGAAGCUGCAUUUCAGUUUGAAAAUGGAAAAUCCUAUUUCUUUAAAGGGGACAGAUAUUAUAGAUUCGAUGAUAACACAUUCAAUAUUGAUGCAGAAGAUCCACCGUAUCCACGAUUAACAUCCGUUUGGUGGUUUUUCUGUAAACCAAUACCACAAGAAACAUAAUUAACAUCACAAGUACAGAUGCUGCGAUACAUUUUGAAGCCUUGGUAUAAGAAUGACAUAAGACAUAAAUUUAUGAUUAGUCUAUAGUUCAUCAAGAAAAGAAAUUACACAACUUUUGAUGUGAUUAACAAAAUUUCAGCUAGUCAAAUCAUUAUUUCAUGUAACUUCAGGUGAUUCAUAUGGACAAGAUGAAGAAAUCAAGAAUCACUUUUUAUUUAUUUGCAGAAAUAAGCACUGCAUCUGAAACCGUUUAAAGGUUGUAGGAAUAAAUUUCUUGAAUUUUUAUUUCAAUCUUUUGUCCGAUCAUUCAAAAAAGUUGACAUAAGCGUGGUAUAUUUAAAGACUCAUAGACUAAACUGUUAAAAUAAAUAAACUGAAAAUUACAAUAAAGUAACCGGCAGCAGAUUGUGUAUAUCCAUUUAACGGUAAAAUUAGGAGCAUUUCUUUACCUGAACUGUUUUUGAAACGUUUACAACUGGUAUGGUUUAAAAAAAAACAUAAAUACAAAAUUAUACUGUUCUGUAUCCAUUUACAACUAGCAUGGUUUCAAAACUGUAGAAUUGAAAUUUAACUGGAGAUUAGAGUAAAGUUAUGUAAUGGACAUUGGAGUUAGGUUGUGGUUGAGUUGUGUUUUGUCAAAACCGAGGAAUGUAACUUUAUAAGUAUAUCUGGUGGUGCCAUCUAUCAUGAGAGAUGAGAAGUACUAUACUUUUUUUGCUCUGCUGUUCUGUGUUGCUGACAUGCGAGAGUAAGAAUUUCGUAGUUUAAUAGUCCAUCACCAGUCGGAAAGUGUAGCAUACUGGAAAUUCUUCAUGAGUUGUAAGAAUAGAAGAAAUAUUUAAGCUAACUACGCUGAGAUCUGAACCUCUGUUCAGCUGGUCAUGAAAUUUACAGAUUUGCCCUCUCGGCUAUAAUAUGUACCCAGCUGCAAGAAACUAAGUGAUUCAUAAGGUGGGCCUAUGUUGGCGUGGGAAGCAUUUUGGCUUCUUAACCGUAUUAAAACAGUCAAUAAACGAUUUUUCUCACAACUUACAGUUCGAAUACCAUAUUUUUCUGGUCAUUUAGCUGUUUCGAUUAAAUAUGGUAAAGAAAUAAUUUGAUAUAUUGUUAUUUGACCAUUUUUUCCGAGAAAGCUAUGACAGUGUAAAGCUGAAAAUGACAUUGGUUCUUAAAAUUGUUUUUCAUAAUUUUACUUGCUUUAAAAAAAAUAAUAACUUUACUUGGCAUGGAACUUGCAGAAGUAAAGGAAGCAACAAACAGGUUUUAUCCCACCUUUCUCAGUACUGAUACUUCAAAUUUCAGUAGUGAUUCAGUUUUUAACUUAAAUAUUAAUUUGCUACCACUGAUGUGUAUAUUUUUUUAAUCCAAUGUUUGUUAAACAUAACAUUUUUGAACUAUAUUUUCAGUUGUGUUAUAAAAUGUGCUAUAAUAAGGUUUGUUAGCAAAACUUUGCUCUUCAAAAUAAAAACAGAAAGGAAUAGGGUGAA